AUGUGAGAGGCCAUGGGCAGCCAGGGCAGCCCGGUGAAAAGCUACGACUACCUGCUCAAGUUCCUGCUGGUGGGCGACAGCGACGUGGGCAAGGGCGAGAUCCUGGACAGCCUGCAAGACGGCUCGGCCGAGUCGCCCUACGCGUACAGCAGCGGCAUUGACUAUAAGACCACUACAAUUCUUCUGGAUGGCAGGAGAGUUAAGCUGGAGCUUUGGGACACGUCAGGACAAGGGCGCUUCUGCACUAUUUUCCGCUCGUAUUCCCGCGGCGCACAGGGCAUCCUGCUAGUUUACGACAUCACCAACCGCUGGUCCUUCGACGGCAUCGACAGGUGGAUCAGAGAGAUCGACGAGCACGCGCCCGGCGUGCCCCGUAUCCUGGUGGGCAACCGCCUGCACUUGGCCUUCAAGCGGCAGGUGCCCACAGAGCAAGCGCGGGCCUACGCGGAGAAGAACGGCAUGACCUUCUUCGAGGUGAGCCCGUUAUGCAACUUCAACGUCAUCGAGUCCUUCACGGAGCUGUCGCGCAUCGUGCUGAUGCGACAUGGCAUGGAGAAGUUCUGGAAGCCCAACCGAGUCUUCAGUCUGCAGGACCUGUGCUGCCGGGCCAUCGUGUCGUGCACGCCGGUCCACCUGAUCGACAAGCUGCCGCUCCCCGUGGCCAUCAAGUCGCACCUCAAGUCCUUCUCCAUGGCCAACGGGAUGAACGCCGUCAUGAUGCACGGACGCUCGUACUCGCUGGCCAACCCAGCCGGCGGCUCCAAGGGAAAUAGCCUGAAGCGCUCCAAGUCCAUUCGGCCCCCACAGAGCCCCCCACAGAACUGCACGCGCAGCAACUGCAAGAUCUCCUAA